UAAAUGUAUUUGUGCGAAUUUGAAUUUUGAUAUUGUAUUUUGUCAAAAUGAUAACCGCGGGUCACGUCAAACGUUUAAUUGCCCAUUAUGAAUCAAUAGCAACCAUCAAAUGUUUUUUUAAUAAUUAUAGUGUUUUAGUCACAAAAUACUAAUUUUAAUGAUAAUAUAAUGGCUGCUUUCAAUGACGGAAGUGACCUGAUUGUUUACGCUAGAAGGGUUAUUGUUCUUGAAGAAGUAGCAUAUGUGAAGAUUCGUAAAAACGUUGCAGUAGAAGUAACACCGUCAAAUCAUUCGACAAUUCAAUCAUACGAUUCUAUUGUCCACAAAACAGCAAAAAAUAUUAUUGUAAACAAUAUUUCUAUAGCUAAUAUUGGUAAUUUGUCUAAACGUACGGGUUCUAUUUACGGGAAAAAUUUGGUAUCAGGAAAACAUGAAUAUCUUACUAAACCUACGUCUGUUAUUAAAAUAAAAGAAGAACAAAAUUAUUACAAGCGUUCUGUGGAGUCGUUACCUAUUCAUAAAAAUUUAAGCUCAGAAGAAAAAAUGAAAACAAUUAUGACUUCAUUUGAUAAAAGUCGCACCUCAGUAUUAAAUAGUGAACACAUAUUUCCAAAAAAGGGACACGUUAAAAAUAAAGUGGAAUAUUAUACUUAUUUUCAUAAUCGUAAAUUUUUGUAAUAUUAUUGACUAAUGUAUUAAAACAUAAAUGAAAUAUAAAUUACUUCCAAGUGCAUAAACUUUUUUUUUUCAUAUUAAUAAUAAGAGUAAUUUCAACUCUACAAAUUGUAAUAUUGUCUAUGAAAUUUGUAUAAUUGUAUAUUUUAUUAAUUUAUUAUUGUGUCAUUUCUAUCAUAAUACAUUUUAUUUUUAUCUAACAUUAAGAAUUUUUUGUUUAAAUGUAUUAUUUAGUCUCAUGGACCU